UUCGGAAAUGGCCGCGACUUGACUCUUCACCUUUUCGCUACAAUGCAGCCGAUGUUAGCUUCCCGUUAAGACGGUCUCUAUUUGUUUUCUCAUUGUCGUUAGAUACAUUUCGACAUCUGCGACGCACAGAAUGGAUCGAUUUCUCUCGGAGAGCAAGCGUAACUUGGAAAAGCUCGACGCUUUCACCAAAGUUCACGUCGUGCUGGGGAACGAAGCCUGCGAUUUGGAUUCCGCCGUUGCCUCCACCGUCACGGCGUACCUGCUGCACGAGCUUCAACCGGUCGCGACGUUACUCGUCGUUCCCGUGCUUAACAUCGCGAGGAAAGACGUCAAACUGCGGACGGAGAUCACGUAUUUCUUCGAACAUGUGGACAUCCCACUGGACACGCUGGUAUGCCGGGAUGAAAUUGACCUAAAGAAACUUCACUCUCAGUCAAAGUUGUCACUGACCCUUGUGGAUCACAAUCUUUUGCCCAAAGAAGAUGCUGACUUGCAACCUGCAGUCCAGGAAAUCAUUGACCACCACAGGUUGGAGACUUCUCACAGGUGUGACAAGACAGUUGAAAUGGUUGGGUCAUGCUGCACUCUGGUAGCCGAGAAAGUUUUCCACUCUAAGCCAGAUCUGUUAGCCCCUCAGGUUGCUCUAUUGCUUUACGGCACUAUACUCCUUGACACAGUGUGCCUCUCAGAGUCCGCACGGAAAACGACAGUGAAGGACUUGGAAAUGGUGUCUAAGUUGCAGGCGUUACUUCCCGACCUGGGCAAGGAGGAAGUGUUCAAGCCACUGUGUAGAGCAAAGUCUAAUGUUGAAGGCCUGACUUUGGAUGAGCUGCUUCGCAAGGACCUCAAGGCCGUCUGUUCAUCAUCAAAGCGCAUAGCGAUAUCAUCGGUGCCUGGAGAAUUGAAGAACAUCUGUCAGGAGAACACGAUGGAGGCAGAGCUGGGCAAGUUCUGCAAGACGCAUGGCUACAGUGCCCUCAUCAUCCUCACCAUAGCUGUUGAAGAGAAAAGCAAUUCAGUACAAAGGCAGCUAGCAGUCUUCUCUUCGGACAUUGUGCUCAAGCAGCAGUUGACUUCGACACUGUUGGCUGUGGGAGACCCGUCCCUGGAUCUUCAGGUUUCGCACAUGUCAACAGACCACCUCAUCACGUUUGCCCAGGGCAACACGCAAGCUUCAAGAAAAGUCAUUCUCCCAGUUGUGAGAAAGUUCCUCAACACCCUUGACGACAACAUCCUCCCCAAGAUGAAUGAGCAUUGCCCCCAGACAAAUGGCACUCUCAGCGUAAACAAUCAGCCUUGUGCACCAACAACCGUGAGCAGUCCUGAAGACACUGCGUUACGGGACCCCCCUUUCUCACCUUCUGAUUCUUCAAACAGCAUGUCUGAAACUGCAAAAGAUGGGGUUUCUUGCAGAGGCACAGAAAAAGUGAACGAUGAAAGCUUCGCUGCAGCAGUUGAUGCUGACGUACCGAGUCCAGCUGCCUUCCUCUAUCGAGCCCAGACUGUGGACUUCCCCGACAGUCCACACCUGAGGUCUGCUCAGAGGAAAACUGGUUCCACAUGCGGGGAAGAUGAAACAGAUGAUGAAGUUUUGUCUAGAGGGGAGCAUAUGUCAAUUUCUGAAGCUCGAAGAGCACCUUCCUGUUCUCCAACACCAGGCCAAGUAAGCAACCUUGAGUUGAGCCAGCCUUUGAGCCUGGCUUCAGAGCUGGAGGAGUACUACGAGGACAGCCUCCUGAGCGGGAGACUGGCCGUUCCAAAUUUAGAGAAGUCACCCGCACUGCCUCCUCUCUCAAGUCACUCAUCCACUCCCGAAUUCGAGGCUGACGAUGAGGAAGCCCAGCCUGUGUCGGUGCCGAGCUUAGGUUUUUCCUCGCCUAACAAUGACUCCUAUGCCCUUGUCAGACACUCAACGCCCAACGCGAGCAAGACUUCGCUAGACCUCAUAGCCGAACAGUAUUCUGAUGACGUUGCUCGCAUUAAUCUACACAACUUGCCUCCUCCCUUGGAAAAUGGCAACUCUUUUCUUUUCGAGGAGAAGGCCUCUGGAGAAUUGCCGGAUGAAGACCUUGUCGCAAAGAUAAGGAGUUGCUUCGAUGAGGUGAAAAUCAAAGACGGCUACGUUCUAAGCGGUCGACUGCAGGACCUACUGACACCGCAGGAAGUUGACGAGAUUGUCAACAACUACGUGUCGUACUCCAGCUUCAUCGACGACAACAUUCUAGAGGCUGUCGUGGAAUUGGCUGGCGGGAGCCUGAGGAACGGCAGCGGCUGUCAGAGUCGAGAAAAGAAAGUGAUUGUGCCAAACUUUGCGCCAUUUUCGGACGACUCCAGCGACAUUGUAGUCGUAGCUUACGAGGAGGACAACAGCGUCAAUCCUUGCAGCGUCGGUAAGACGGCGACCCUCGAAAAGAAAAGUUUAGCUCACUGCGGGGGCGUUGACACCCAAGAUGUUCCAGCCGCUGAAACCUUCCACUCCUUGAAGAGGAUAGACGUUGAGGAGUCUGUCCUGAAAACACUGGACAUGCUUCCCGGUACUGGAAUUGCAAACAGAUUCACGGCUGACUCGUCUCGUAGUUUGUCGUCGCUGCCGGCUAACCUUUCUUGGGAGGAACAAAAAGUCAAGGUGAAUGCUGCCCGUUCAGAUCCAGAACUACCGGUAGUGGCUCUCCCAGAACAACCCUUGAACGGCAGCGUUGCUCCUGCUGCUUCUGCAGUGUCUUCACCUGAGCUUGUUUUUGAAGAAAUGCAGCAGGAAAAUGACUACAGUGCCCCAGCAGAGAGGCCCUCAAGCCUGAGUGGUGCCAACAGGAGUAGACGCAAGAUUAAAGUGAACCCAGACAUCCUUCAUGCCCAGAUCGGUCUUGACGAUGACCAGAAGAGCCUCUCGUCGAUGAGCAACAAGAGUGACGGGGACGUCUUCUCACCUGCGGACGACCUGGCAACGCCAGAUAUCGAGACUCCUGAUGAACUGGGUGACUCUGUGCUGGGAAGAGAUGACUCGACCCUGAGUGACUCAAUUCCUGAGAUGUCUGCUCGAGAAGAGUACGCAGAGGAGAGAAGCUGGAAGACUUGCAACGUGGGUGGUGUCGAACGCAAGAUUGACAUGAGGGUGAUCGAGCCUUACAAGAAGGUGCUAUCGCAUGGAGGCUACUUCGGAGAGGAUCGUCAAGCCAUCAUUGUGUUUAGUGCGUGCCACCUACCUGAUCGGUGCCGGAGAGACUAUGACUAUGUCAUGGAUAAUCUGUUCCUAUACGUUUUGUCAACAUUAGACGAACUCGUGGUUGACAGCUACGUCCUGAUUUACCUUCACGGGGCCACCGAGCGCAGCAAGAUGCCCAGUUUUGGUUGGCUCAAGCGCUGCUACCAAAUGAUUGACAGGAGAUUGCGGAAAAACCUGAAGGGGCUUUAUCUUGUGCACCCCACCUUCUGGCUGAAGACUAUUGUUAUUAUGACCAGGCCUUUUAUCAGCUCCAAGUUUAGCAGGAAACUGCGUUUUGUAUAUAGCCUCGAAGAGUUGUCUUGGGUUGUGCCGCUAGACCACGUGUGCAUACCUGACAAAGUGAAGCAAUACGAUGCUGAGCGUAUCCUUGAAGGAUAGGAGAGCUUCACUCCUCUUCCUGGAGACUGGAGUUUGAGAACAUGAUAAAGGAGAAGAAGAGGAAACUGGGGAGCAAAAAGGUUCUUCCAGGAGCAAGGCAUGUUACGGAUGAUGUAUCCUAGUGACUUUGUUGCUCGUAGCACCUGGUGAGCCGAUGGAGCUGGUGCUUUGUCAAAACUGUAUUCGUUAUGACAGUUGUGAUUUCUAGCUUCUCGGCACUGUACAGAGUAGAGAAACCCUGGGCACUUGCAUUCACCUGGGUUGGUUGUACAGCUGACGUGUUUGUUGGCUUGUACUAUAUAAGAUUGUAAACCAGACAAGAAUAUUAUUUCAAAUAAGGAGCAGCUGCAAGUUAUGAGUAGGUCAUGUUGAGACCUGGGAAUGCAUGUAUUUAUAUUGUGUUUGUGAAAAUAAGUGUUUCUUUCGAAUGUCUUUUA